AGUAAAUGCAGGCGGGAGACGGAGGCGGGCGCUGGGUUCGCAUCUGAGUUGUGUAGACCCGGAGCAAGCCGCGUUAAUUCUGGCAGCCAGAGGUCUCUCUGGUAACAGCUCUCCCGUCCUCUCCACUCCGGGGAAGUGAGCUGAGUAACACUGGCUCGACUCUGACCAUCGGCAUGCCAGUCCUGCCGGUCCUUGGCUGUGUGCUUGUGAUUCUGCCCAUUCUGACUAUCGCAGAGGCGGCCUGUGCGUGCAGUGGUAAAUCAAACUGUUACUGUGAUGGGGUGAAGGGCAACAAGGGUGAAAGAGGGUUACCUGGUUUCCUGGGCCAACCUGGGUUUCCAGGGUUUCCUGGUACAGAGGGUCCACAAGGCCCAGAAGGUCACCAGGGGGACGGUGGAUUCCCCGGAUUUCCAGGAAUAAAAGGCUCAAGGGGGCUUCCUGGUUUACCAGGACAUCCAGGAAAUCCCGGCUUUCCAGGUAUCCAUGGAAAGGAUGGGCCUCUUGGUGUUAGAGGCGCACCAGGGUGCAAUGGCACAAAGGGUAAUCCGGGUCUUCCAGGAAUUUCUAGGUCAGACGGACAUCAAGGAAUUCAGGGACCUCCAGGGUUUCCAGGUCAAAAGGGUGAACCAGCUCGGAACAUACUGGUGAAUCCAGGAGGGAAAGGACACCGUGGAUCAGUGGGUCCCCAAGGAAGCCCAGGAGAUCCAGGAAACCCCGGACAGCGUGGACCCUUUGGACCUCCAGGUUCCCAGGGUCUGACAGGACCACCUGGCCAUCCAGGUCCAAAGGGCAACAUGGGAUUGUUCUUCGUGGGUUCGAAAGGUGACAAGGGUGCGAAAGGUCUUCCUGGACCGGUUUACCGGCAAGAACGCCGUCCAACCAUUAUUGAGAAAGGACCGAAGGGCAGCCCAGGACCUUCUGGUGACCCAGGGAUUUCUGGUCCCCCAGGUUUACCUGGUGGCAUAGCAUCAGGAUGGAAGGGAGAUAAAGGAGAUCGAGGAGUCCCAGGAGCUCUGGGAAAACUCGGUAAAGAUGGAGAAUCUGGAGUGACGGGGUUUCAGGGACUGAAAGGUGAUCCAGGUUUUGCAGGGUUUCCAGGAAGACCAGGAGAACCGGGACGGAAAGGGCAAAUUGGUCGCCUAGGGCCUCCUGGUUCACCCGUGGAAGACGUUUAUCAGCCUUCUGUAAAAGGGGAACGAGGGAACCCUGGACGUACUGGACCUAAAGGACAACCAGGACCACAAGGUGCAGAAGGUCCAUUUGGCUUUCCAGGCCAGCCAGGAAUCUCCAGACGUGGGCCUCAAGGGCAGCCUGGAUAUCCGGGACAGGAAGGUCUGAAAGGAAACAGAGGUGACCCUGGGAAGAUUACUGAAGGUCCACAAGGUCCUCCAGGCCUUCCGGGAUCCCUCGGCCUUCCCGGCCCUGUGGGCCCACCAGGUGACAUAAUCUACACGAAGGGGGAAUCAGGAGCGAUCGGCUCUCCUGGUCUAACGGGUUUAGUUGGUUUGCAUGGUCCAAAUGGAUUGAAAGGUGAUAAAGGUGAACCAUGUGAAAAAUGCCAUGGACCUGCAGAGACUGGACCUCCCGGGGCACCUGGACCCCCUGGGGAACCUGGGAGCGUUGGUUUGUCAGGCCCAAAGGGAAAUCGUGGUGUUCCAGGUGAAAAAGGAAGGACCGGUAUCCUGGGCUCUCCGGGGCUUCUGGGUUUCGAAGGAGCUGCAGGGCCGAAGGGUGAUCCAGCAGGAGGCAGUAGUGAACAAGGUGGAAAAGGAGAUAAAGGUGAUCCAGGCUUCCCUGGAGUUACCGGAAUACCAGGAAGUGGUGGAAUUCCCAGCAAAGAAGGCCCGAAAGGACACAAAGGAAUUAAGGGUGACCCCAUGCGACAUUCGCUACUGGGUGAGAUGGGUCCUCCUGGUGCCCCAGGAAGCCGUGGUAGCACAGGACCCAUGGGACUCCCGGGACCACCUGGGUUUGGUCCAACAGGUGCACGUGGUCCCGAAGGUGACCGUGGAGAAUCUGGCCUAAUGGGAAGUAGUGGUCUCCCAGGUCCAAAGGGACAGCACGGUGACUGCAAAAAUAUCUCAGGUGCACCAGGGCUUCACGGUGAAAGAGGAAUACGUGGGCUGCGGGGAGCUCAAGGUAAUCCUGGACCUCCAGGCAGAUUUGGGCCGCAGGGUGAUCGGGGAGAACACGGGCAGAGAGGUCCAAUGGUGAGAGGACUACCAGGCCAUCCUGGUGCUACAGGUAACCCAGGCUUUCCAGGAUCAAUUGGUACCCCAGGAAUUCCAGGAAGAACAGGAGCACCUGGAAUACCAGGAAUGCCAGGAGUGAGAGGUCCUAAGGGUGUCAAAGGUUAUGGGCCACCAGGCACCACUGGGCCACCAGGUCCUCCAGGAAAUGUAGGACUUCCAGGGCAGAAGGGUAACGCCGGACCCUGUGGACCUCCUGGAAGUGAUGGCCGUCGUGGUUGUAAGGGCUCUCACGGUCCAAACGGUGACCUUGGAAACAGAGGUCCCAAGGGGCCAAGAGGUCCACGUGGAUCACCAGGAAGAGGCCUACCUGGACUUGUAGGUGUAGAGGGCGCACCUGGACCAGAUGGUCCUCCAGGAUUACCAAGUAGAGGACUCAUGGGUGAUCCCGGUAGUCCAGGAAUUGGCAUUCCAGGUGCUCCUGGAAUUCCGGGGCACAAUGGGAAUCCAGGCAUUGCGGGAUCUCCUGGACCGAGAGGUCCGCCAAGCCAACCAGGAUGGCCAGGAACAGCAGGAAGAUCAGGUGCUAAAGGUGAACCGGGUAUUAUGGGUGAGCCGGGGACUGCAGGCUUAAUUGGUCCUCAAGGACCUCAGGGCCGGUAUGGAGACAAAGGCAGCAACGGUCGGACUGGACCAAGGGGUGGCAGAGGCACAAUUGGAAUGAAAGGUCAAAGGGGUGCAAAGGGAAUGAAAGGCAAUUCGUGUGAAAUGACAAUAAAAGGUGCAAUGGGAGAUCCUGGACCUCCAGGACUGGAUCAAGGAACAGGACCAAAGGGUGAGAUGGGUUCCAACGGUGAGCCAGGCUACAAAGGUAAAGAGGGAAUGCCCGGACCACCAGGCCCAGAAGGUCCACCAGGAGAACCAGGUCCAUCGGGGAAUCCGGGAUAUACGGGACCACCAGGAGCCUUGGGAAUAUUGGGUCCAAUGGGCCUCCCUGGUGAGAGAGGAAUUAAAGGAUCUGUUGGAGUAUCAGGCUCUGUGGGUGCUCCUGGGAUAGAUGGUACAUCUGGUCCAAAGGGUGAGAAAGGUGAACCAACUCUAAUCCAGGGUCUCCCAGGCUCACCUGGACAAAAGGGUAACCAAGGCAUUUCAUUAAAUAGAGGGACACCGGGACUUCCUGGUUCCCCAGGCCAACCAGGAUCGGAAGGGCUUUGGGGACCCUCUGGUGAAAAAGGUGACGCAGGACGAUCAGGUUGUCCAGGUUCUCUGGGGCCUAAAGGCAGUACAGGACUGAACGGGAGAGCCGGUUUGCCAGGGAGUCCAGGAGUUCCAGGUCCUCCAGGACCAGUAAGAAGACCUAGCCUUCCUGGAGCACCAGGCAGAAAGGGCGAUCAAGGUUCUGACGGCAUCCCAGGUCCUAAUGGACCCAGAGGAGAUCUGGGACCUCCUGGAAGAGGAAAGAAAGGGAAUCUUGGUCCUCCAGGGCCCCCAGGUGCCAAAGGAGAUGUGGGCCCUCCUGGUGAUGAUAAUGAUGGGGGGCCUCCUGGUCCAGAAGGAGAUCUAGGUCCCCAAGGCCCACGUGGACCUCCAGGUGAAACUGGCCCACCUGGUCUGGCCGGGAUGAGCAUUCAAGGUCCCAAAGGAAACCAAGGUCCUCAUGGCACCCCUGGGCCAGCAGGUAACCGUGGGCCGAAAGGAUUGCGCGGUGAAUCAGGAUGGGGCAAUCUAAAAGGAGAUAGGGGCUCAUGUGGUGUCCCAGGAAUUCCUGGCAAUCCAGGUGACAGAGGUGACACGGGUCCUCCAGGACAACCGGGAACCCCUGGUAUUUCAGUUCCAGGUCCGAAAGGUCACCGUGGUGUAACUGGUACUCCCGGGUUCCCAGGUACACAAGGUGACAAAGGAUCCCUGGGGCAGGUGGGAAAUGCUGGCCCACCAGGACAGGUUGGAGAGCCAGGUCCACCAGGGCCACCUACCUUCAACAUAAAGGGUGAUCAAGGAUUGCCAGGUUUGCCAGGGCCUGACGGAGAAUGUGGGAGUCCAGGAUCUCCUGGCUCACCUGGACACAUUGGAAAACCAGGCCCAUCUGGACCAUUUGGUCCCAACGGGCUUCCUGGAGCUAUAGGUCACCCAGGACCACAUGGAUCCCCUGGAUUUGAUGGACCGACAGGAUCAAAGGGGUCUCCAGGUGCAAAAGGAAAGCAAGGAGUUAAAGGAUCUUCAGGACCAUCGACAUCAGUUAUCCAAGGUUUCAUCUAUACAAGACACAGUCAAUCGAGAGACAUACCUCUGUGCCCAGGUGGCACCAAACAGCUACAUAUUGGCUACUCUCUCCUCUUUGUGCAAGGCAACAGACGUGCAUAUGGGCAAGAUUUAGGAACCGCUGGGAGUUGCUUGCCCAGGUUCAGCGUGAUGCCUUUUUUGUUCUGUGAUAUAAAUGAUGUCUGCAACUAUGCGUCACGAAAUGAUUAUUCCUAUUGGUUGUCAACUUCAAAACGAAUGCCAAUGGAUAUGGCUCCGAUCAAAGGGCAAGAGCUGCAACCAUUUAUAAGCAGAUGUGUCGUUUGUGAAAGUCCAGCAAUGGUCAUAGCUGUGCACAGUCAAACUAUUCAGAUCCCACCCUGUCCAAGAGGCUGGAAAUCCAUGUGGAUUGGCUACUCAUUUGUAAUGCACAGAGGCUCAGGUGCUGAGGGAUCGGGUCAAGCUUUGGCUUCACCUGGAUCGUGUUUGGAAGAAUUUCGUGUGACACCUUUUAUUGAAUGUCACGGGAGGGGGACGUGCAACUAUUAUGCAAACGCCUACAGUUUUUGGCUGGCAACGCUGGAUCCCACACAAAUGUUCAGGAAACCCAGGCCACAAACAUUAAAAGCAGGAGAAUUACGAUCAAUAAUAAGCCGGUGUCAAGUCUGUACAAAGUGAACGUGGACGUUAACGGAUAUAAUGGUGCUCUUCCUGAUAUGUUUUGAAUUGUGUAUAAACAACUAUGAAGAUAAUUUAAUAUGAUUAAUCCAUGGUGCUGACUGGACUGUAACAAAUAUAACCAAUAACUUGAUGUUGGUAACACUUACAAAAAACAUUCGCAUCAGCCAUGCGACCACCCAAAGGAAGGACACAGUUACUAAAUUCUACAAAACCGCUGCCAGAUUUUUUAUUGUAGUAAUAAAUAUUUUAACCGUAUAAUGGUGCUGGUGAAGACAUGAUAGAUUUCUAUGUUAUAGAUUAAAAAUGUUGUGUUGGAUAUAGAUGGAGCUAUAUCAUGUGCUAAUCCUUGUUGGUCAACUGAGAAAUACAACAAAUCAUUGAUUCUGUAAGCGUUUAUUUAAAAUUGUGUACCAUAUAUAUACAUCUGACUCAAACCAUAAAGAAUGAAAUGGGAGCAGUGAAACUAUUGAACAGAGAGCAUUUUAUAUUAGUGUUACACCUUGACAAGACAUCAUCUUCUAUCUUUUAGUGCUGUGCAUAUUGAAGAUGCAUCCUGAAAAAGGUAUGUUUUCUAUGAAUCUGAUGAUUUUAGGGGUAGUUAACUUUAUUUUGCUAGAUAGUUAUAGUCAUAGUCAUACAGCCUGGAAACAGGCCCUUUGGCUCAACUUGCUCCCAUGGGCCAACAUGUCCCAUCGACACUAGUCCCACCUGCCUUGGUUUGGCCCAUAUCCCUCUGAACCUGUCCUAUCCAUGUACCUGUCCAAACAUUUCUUAAACGUUGCGAUAGUACCUGCCUCAACUACCUCCUCCGGCAGCUCGUUCCAUACACCCACUGUGUGAGAAAGUUACCCCUCAGGUUCCUGUGAAAUCUUUCCCCCUUAACCUUAAACCUAUGUCCCCAGGUUCAUGAUUCCCCUACUCUGGGCAAGAGACUCUGUGCGUCUACCCAAUCUAUUCCUCUCAUGAUUUUGUACCCCUCUGUGACAAGUAAGCGAUCGUGAAGUGGCUGAAGUGUUUAAAUUGUAUGAGUUGCAACAAUUCAAUAUACCAAUCUUGUUUUAGUCUGGCAAAAAAAUUAUGGUUUAAAUCAUGCAUGUACUUAUGUUAUCUACAAUGAAAGAAUUUGCUUUUAAAAUUU